AUCCUGGUACUUUUCACCGUUGUCAAGGCAGCGAUAGAGAGAAAGGCUGGCUCGCGGAAAGUAUCUGCAGUGUCCUGACAGUAUAUCUGUCCAAACGUUAACAAACUGUCCCGGAAAGUUAGGUGUAACUACCAGGACUUUACCAUCUGGCGUCUGUUAAUGUCCAGAUGUGGCGGGUGACCACCCGAGAUGGGAGAUGGACAUAACAAGACCUAUAGGAUGCUACUCAAUAGCUAAAGGCUGACGAUAUCCAUAUCUGGAGGACAUCGGACGAUAAAUAGUAGGAUGAGUGAGGAUUCCGCUGCCAGCACAGUUUGGUGAAGAGUAGGAACGGUGACCAAGCAGCAACACGACCAUCAUGCCAAACACCCAGGGAACCGGAGGGGCUGGCAGCCCACGGGUUCAGCGCUACCGUCCGGCCUCGGAGUUUGACAACGCCACCCUCGCCCAGAAGAGAGAGUACUGGAGGACUAAGAAACGAGAGCAGAGGGCUAAGUUGUCAGAGGUCAAGAAGGAGAGGUCAAAAGCAACAAACAGAGGAAGUAAAUCGUUGGACAGUAAUGCAGUCCAUAAAACCAUAACCUCAAUGGGGUUGAAUUCUGGUGCCUCUUGUUCAAUAGCAGGGUCUGCCCCCCCUUUGUUGAAUAGUGAUGGUUCCUACCAAACUUAUGUCGGCGGUGCACCUGUAGUCUUAUUGAAGGGAAAGGGCUCUGCUGUCUCCUAUAAUCAGAACCAUAGUGUUGAGGAAGGGGGCCAAAACUAUUCCUCAGCAAACCAAAAGGAGAGUUGGUUCCAGAGGAUAAAACUCAACAAAGUCUUGCCUCAGUUCCCAAUGUCCAGUGCAGGACCAGGAAAAGGUGCAAUGGUCUGCAAGAUGGCAGUGAACAGUUAUCCAACAGGGGGCGCUGUGAUUGGAACAGUUACCUCAGCCAAACCCAAUGGAGUGCUUCUCAACAGUGGCUCCUUUGUGCCUCCGGUAAGAGUGGCGGUGAGAGCCUCAGGCUCUGCACCUCGCCAACCACAGAGCGGAAUGACUAUUCUCAAUGGCAGCUCUACUGUAGUGUCAUCUGAGCAGCAUCUGACCACCCAGAGUGUAUCAAGGCCCGAUGCAAUGACAAAGACGCAAGUUACAGUGUCUGUUCAGCCUAGAUCGCUAACCACUAACAUUACCACAGGGAUGGCCAUCGUGACCACUCAAUCUGCCCCUAUGCUCGCUCACAAACCAGGGGUUAGGCCUAGAGGGAUGAAAGUAACACCGCUAGGCGGGAAAAAGAGUGCAGUGGUCGCGGCCCAAGAAGUUAGAAGCAUCAACGACACAUCAGCUACACUGGAGACUGAGGAGGAGCGAGCCGCCAAGCGCAGAGAGAAUUGGCGCAUCAAGAAAAGAGAACAGCGAGCGAAGCAAGCGGCUAGGUUAAGCAAGGCCAGCAAAAGAAUCACUAACAUGGAGGUAUCGUUGCAGAAAGUAGAACUGUUACCAAACGUGGACGUUGAACGUCCCCAGUCCGCUUUGAGUGGACAGGGCCAGAGGCAGUGUGUUAGUAGGGUCAGUGCCCCGUUCAUCUCAGCCGGACGGCUGCUGAAGAACGCCAGAGCAGUGGCUAGCUUUGCUGUCAAAAGGGAGUCUGAGGAUUCAAUCCUGGCUAAGCUAACCACAGUCGACGCUAAUGAACAGACCGUUCAGCUAAGAGCAGAGAAUCUGCAGGAGGCUAAAGCAACAAUGCAGACUGGUAUCACAUCUAAUAUCAUUGGUUAUAAACCAGCAGGGGAACCAAGCAGAAGGCUCCCUGGUCCAGUGCAGUUUGCCAACGUUAACCGAGUUAUGGUCCGUUGUAGGACUCCGAGACAGAGGUUCAUUGAAACCCAAAGGAAUUUCCUGGGUCAGAGAAAGAUGAGGAAGUCCCCCUAUCAUGCCAAAGCCUUAACAACCUACAACGCACCACGAGAUGACUCAAAGGAGACCCCCGAGCAGAGGGCGGCCCAGAUGCGGGAAUACUGGCGCGUCAAGAAGCGGGAGCAGCGAGCCAAGCUUUCUGGCGAAGUCCGAGCUAAGAUGAAGGAGAGGGAUGCUCUGAUGCAAAGAGUCAAGCGUUACCAGAGCAUCCUGGAGGAUAUGAGGAAGGACAGAGCAGCGGGCUGCAACACCCUGCCACAACCAACAGAAAAUAGGCCUACUCACACCAGCGCCUCAGAGAUCAUUGGAGGUUUCAUCAUGGAGGAUGGCACAGUGACCAAUAACAUUCCUCAAAUUGAUCUCACUACAGAAGCAAAAGAGACUGGGGAUGAAAUUGGGAACAGUAGUGGGAUGCCUGUUAAUAAUUUAUUUACCAACACACACCGCCAACACCAGCUGCUUCCCAAACCUACUGGUGAUGCCUUUAGUAAUGUGGUGUUAAGUCAUCAAACACAGGACAACCCACCACCUCCUCUAAUCCGUUCUGCUCAGUUUCAAGUCUCUUGCCCUCCUGUCGGCCUGUCGAUCAUGAAUCCUCCCAGGUUGGUUUCAAUCAGACCGAGGACUGAAUUUCGCAGCACACCGAAAAACCUCUUGAAUUUACACACAGUCUUCCAGCCCCAGAGUCAUAUCACCCUCACACACCCUCAAAACAUCCAAAACACCUUUCCUGGUGUGCCUACAGCAAUGCCAAAGCCGGCUAGCUGUGUCAUGCAGAUGGCUGUCAAAGCUUCUACAGCAUCAGCAGUGCUUAACUUGGACCCAAAGCUAACAGAGGAGGAAAGUAUGGCUAAGAAGAGGGAGUACUGGAGGGUAAAGAAACGAGAGCAGAGGGCAGCCCGCGCCAUCCGCCUAAGGCAAGGAGUUCAAGUUCGGGGAAAUGCUGCCUCACAGAAGAGGCGGAACCAAAGGUUAGCGCGAUUAGCCAAUCCCAAUGUCAACACCUCUGUCAGCCACACACACACUAUCAAGCCUCUCUCAAACACCAGUCUGCCCAUGCCUCCACAGGGAAACCAAAUAAAAAAAGAAAGAGAAUCAAUCUCAACACAUGCUCCAUGUCCUCCACUGGAACAACCCCUCUGUGUUGAUAUCAAACUGUCCCAGUCUCCACCACAUCCAGAGCCACCAGACCUAGCCUUGAGUGCUGACAGCCAGGCCACCACUCUCCUGGCAGUGGCCUCUAUGAAGAAGCUUCUGGAGGAAUCUCUCAGCACUGUGGCUGACUGUAAAACGGAACAGCCUGACUGUAUUACAGGACAGCUGCCUUGUAAAAGUGAACCCCAGGCUUGUUCCUCCGAGGAGAAUGCCGUCCAGAUUGAGGUCAAGCCAAAUCUACCUCUGCUCACCAUGGAAGACGAGGAGAAAGCCUCCAUAUCUGGUGACCUAUUGUCGGAGGUCAAAGGGUGGCAGGUGGAUGCUGACGCCCCACCACCAUGUCAGGGGACCAUUCGUCCACUGAGUUCUCAUCCUAAGGACUCUCCCCUAUCCAGUCCUUGUGCUAAAACCCUCUCUUUCUCAGCUUCCCCUCUCAAUCGGUCCAAACCCCCCUCUCACACACCCACACAAUCUUGCUCCCAUAAGGCAGCUUCCGGAGAACCACCCCUCCCUGUCCCUCGUAGAGCCCAGAGGUUGCGUGUCAAAAAAGCAGGCCACCACCACUGCUGCUCCCCAGAACCUCCGAAGCUACAUCACCAGCCACCACAACUACAACCACCUUGCCAACUUCAAAAUCAACACCAGCGUCAGCAACAUCAAAAACACCCCCAACAACAGCAGCAGCGCCAGCAACAUCACCACGCCCCGGGGGUGACAGACCAGAAUGUGACUCUGCAGAAGAAGAGGGAGUACUGGAGGAUGAUGAAGAGGCAGCAGAGAGCCAGGAAGGCUCGGCAGGGAGGAGGGGGGCUGAGGCAGGGGGACUACAGCAGACGACUAGCCCUCAAAGCAGCACAGGCUCCGAAUCUCCAUAUUGUCAAGACUCUGACACAGAGGCCAGUGCAGAGAGGCGGGAGCUUCAGUCUACAAGCCGCACCAAUGCUCAAACCCCAGCCCUCCCCCCUUCUCCAGCCUAUAUCUCCCCCUGACUCUGGACCUCAGGCAAGCCUCAGCAUGGUCACCAACAUCCCUACACUUCUGGUUGUGAGCCCCACCACCUCCAACAUGGGACAGCCAUCUGAUACACUACAGCUCAGACCUCCGGUCAACUGUACCAGUAUUUCCAAUUCAUCCAUUGGCCACACAGGGUCCCCCCAGACAUCUCACAGCUUCAGUACCGCAUUUCUCCCUGUAGGAGGCGGUGUCACUGUCCCUCCAUUGGGUGAGGGGAAGAAAGGCGGGCUGCUAUUGGUGGAGAGCCAACAGGAAGCGGCCACGGGGUCCAGCCCUGACUCGCCACGUGUUAGAAAAUGGCGAUUGCAAGUGCAGGAAAUCUCAGACGCAGACGCCUCACCCAUCGCUACUCUCACACCUCCGCCCAACCCUCUGACUAGCAUCAAGCUCUUACCAAUUCAUCCUCCCAGUCAAACGUCCACGUUCACACCAACACAGACUCCUUUCAAAUGUCAAGGUGCUCAGAUUCCUCAAAGUGGGAAUUUACAAAAUGUAGGAUUGCCUACAAUGCAGGGGCUCACUAGAAGCCCCAUCUACAUAAGCUCCAUGGGUCCGCCCAAGCCAGUACCGGGGGAGUCUGAAGAGGAGACUCUGAGGAAGAAGAGGGAGUACUGGAGAGUGAAGAAGAAGGAACAGAGAGCUAGGAAGGCCAUGAGGGACAGGGAGCUGACUGAGAAGAGGGCUUCGGUCAACUGGAGGCCCAUCCUCCCCAGCAGUCAGCCUCAACACCUGCUGCAGGGGCUGGAUACACAGGAACAGAAUCCUGAGCAGUGGGUCAACACCUCGGAGGACUCUGAACUACAUCUAAGUACUUCCACAGAGACAGACAUGGGCUACUUUCCUGACCAAAGCCAUACGGAACCUAUAGAAGAGGAAUCAGAGCUCCUUUUCCCAGACGGUGAUCAUAACGACAACUACAACGGCCCCAUCUCAGAUGCUGUGUGGAGGAACUGCUACCUCAUGGACUACGACCCCCUGAACCAGCUGCUGGUGUGCAUGGUGUGCGGGGAGCUCCAGUACUCCCACAGCCUGGAGGGGGUGAGGGCCCACAUCGAGGAGGCCCACCCGGACACCCUGAGCCUGGUGCCCCCGGAGCGCCGGCACAUCCUGGAGGCCUGGGACGAGCAGGUGUCCAGGAGAGAACUUUUCUUCACCAGCCAGCUGCAGCAGCACAGCGGUGGGAUGGGAGGGGACAGUGCCAACCUCCCAGCAGAAGUAGAAGUAAUGGUUGAUACAGAGGACUCGUCAUACCUGAAGAACAGCAAGAGCUCCAAAACCACCAACAGACUCUGAGAGCUAAGGUGAGCAUUUGAGCCUUCUUUAACAGUACAUUGAACUGACACCAUCCAUGUCUAAAUAUCACCACGUUCACCACAGCCACACCACACCACACCACAUAUUUUCUUGACAUACACCUACUUAUGUGUCUUGAUUUGCAGAAGAAGCACGAAUCACUAAAUGCCAGACAGCGUAAAAACAACAUUGUUCAGAAGUAGAGGAGGAAAAGAAAAACGUUACUGCUGGUUUCUUUUAAUGUCUGUUUAUUUAUUUUUGGAGCAGUUCACCUCUACAAAAGUUAAACUAAACUUGAACUGCAUACAUAGGUGACAUUGAACCACAAGAGACGAGCUUUACCUCAUUAACUUUGGGAUACACACACACUCGCUGUUUUUGAAAGCGCAGUUUUGUAGCGAUUGUCAUUCUCUACUACUACACCAAGUCUCCUAUGCCGAAGCAAACAGUUAAUAUUCAUGUCGUCACUGGGUUCAAUAAUGUCAUUGUGCUUUAUGAAACACACUUAAGCAGACAGGAGGGCUCUCCUCGUCAACUGAAUGGGUUAACAAUCCCUGUUUUAAUGCAUCCAUGACGAACAGGUCAGUUAUGUUCUUCAAUCUGAAUGAAUGACAUGUCCUUGGUCUAACUCAAUGUAUCAGAUAUGAUAUGAUGCAGGUUAAGGGCAAAUCGCAGCCGUGUACAUUUGACUUGAGACCAUGCGUCAUUGGGAAUUGUCUACGGGUGAUCAGCUGUUUGAUAUUCGUCUGUACAUACAGUACCAGUCAAAGGUUUGGACACACCUACUCAUUCCAGGGUUUUUCUUUGUUUGUACUAUUUUCUACAUUGUAUAAUAAUAGUGACGGCAUCAAAACUAUGAAAUAACACAUAUGGAAUCAUGUAGUAAAUAUAAAAAGGGUUUAACAAAUCAAAAUAGAUUUUCUAUUUUAGAUUCUUCAAAGUAGCCAACUUUUGCCUUUGCACACUGUUGGCAUUCUCUCAACCAGCUUCAUGAGCACUUGUUGGCUGCUUUUCCUUCACUCUGUGGUCCAACUCAUCCCAAACCAUCUCAGUUGGGUUGAGGUCGGUUGAUUGUAGAGGCCAGGUCAUCUGAUGCAGCACUCUCCUUCUUGGUCAAAUAGCCCUUACACAGCCUGGAGGGAUGUUGGGUCAUUGUCCUGUUGAAAAAUAAAUGAUAGUCCCACUAAGCGCAAACCAGAUGGGAUGGUGUAUCGUUGCAGAAUGCUGUGGUAGCCAUGCUGGUUAAGUGUGCCUUGAAUUCUAAAUAAAUCACAGACAGUGUCACCAGCAAAGAACCAUCGCACCUCCAUGCUUCACGGUGGGAACCACACACUCGGAGAUCAUCUGUUACACUACUCUGCGUCUCACAAAGACACAGCAGUUGGAACCAAAAAUCUCCAAAUUAGACUCAACAGACCAAACGACAGAUUAUCACCGGUGUAAUGUCCAUUGCUCGUGUUUCUUGGCCCAAGCAAGUCUCUUCUUCUUAUUGGUGUCCUUUAGUAGUGGUUUCUUUGCAGCAAUUCGACCACGAAGGCCUGAUUCAUGCAGUCUCCUCUGAACAGUUGAUGUUGAGAUGUGUCUGUUACUUGAACUCUGUGAAGCAUUUAUUUGGGCUGCCAUUUCUGGGGCUAGUAACUCUAAUGAAUUUAUCCUCUGCAGCAGUGGUAACUCUGGGUCUUCCUUUCCUGUGGCGGUCCUCAUGAGAGGCAGUUUCAUCAUAGCGCUUGAUGGUUUUUGCGACUGCACUUGAAGAAACUUUCAAACUUCUUGAAAUGUUCCAAAUUGACUGACCUUCAUGUCUUAAAGUAAUGAUGGCUGUUCUUGCCAUAAUUUGGACUUGGUCUUUUACCAAAUAGGUCUAUCUUCUGUAUACCACCCGUACAACUGAUUGGCUCAAACGCAUUAAGGAAAGAAAUUCCACAAAUUAACUUUUAACAAGGCACACCUGUUAAUUGAAAUCCAUUCCAGGUGACUACCUCAUGAAGCUGGUGGAGAGAAUGCCAACAGUGUGCAAAGCUGUCAUCAAGACACAGGGUGGCUACUUUUAAGAAUAUAAAAUAUAAAAAAAAUACACCUUUUUGGUUACUACAUGAUUCCAUAUAUGUUUUUUCAUAGUUUUGAAGUAUUCACUAUUGUUCUACAAUGUAGAAAAUAGUAAAAAAAAAUAAAGAAAAACCCGGGAAUGAGUAGGCGUAUCCAAACAUUUGACAUUUAAUAAUUUCAUUUUAUAUUUUUUGACAAUUCCUAUCAGUUUUUUUAUUCAGAUCCAAGGGAUGUCCUUGCAUGAGGUUAUUUUAAAUAUUCCGUAAAAAGUUGAUUUUUUUUCGGUCCCACUUUAAAACGGAGAGCAACUUAUAAAGCAGGGUCCUCCAACUGGCGUCAUGCCAGUUUGGUUUUAUUUGCCCCCCCAAGUUAUCUGAGCCACAAAAUAAGACUGUAAACACCAGCAAAUCAGCUCUGGGAUUUUAAUUUUGGAGAUCUGUUCCAAAGUAUUCCCAAGCAGAAGAGAGAUGCGAUCGUAUACAAAUGCGAACAAGGUUCAAGUAAUCUGUAAGCGUAUGUGAUACUCUAUGAACAGUGUACAAACAGUGCAUGUCGUCACAUUUGGCAAUUUACCCUACAGUGGGAAUUGUCACCUUUUGGAGAGUAUGACAUACGCGUAUUGAUGAUUUGUGAAGUAUUUAUUUAGUGCUUAUGAAGCCUUUGUGUAUGCAAUACAGGUUGCACUUCGUUCAAAGUGGAACCGAUUUUUCUAGAUAUUAAUGCACCAUACUUUACAUCACUGAAUCUUCAAAAUACGUGUGACUUAAAAAAAAAAAAAACUGUUUUCGUAUAACGUUUUUCUGAAAUUUAAAAGAAUUCUUCCGUUAAGAACAUUUACGUUUUUGUAAUGGUGAUUUGACACAUGUAUAUACAACAUUUAUGUUUAAAGGGGUGGUUAAAUGUCAAUACCCUUAAUGUAUUAUUUGAUUUCCUAUGAAAAUAAACCUAACCCUUUAUGGUUAGUGGUACUCAUACUGCUUCUGAUUUUGUUAAGAUUUCCUUGUCUCUAUACAUACUGUGUACAUUUAACUCUUUCAAUGUAUUUAUUUGGUCUGAACAAUCAGUCAGUGACACAUGACUAUUUCAUUUGUAUUUAAUAUCUUUGAUUAAACGAUCAACAAAUCAGCAUUUUUUUCCCCCAGUCAAAAUUACGAUCCAAUGGCCUGCUGCUUGGAUGUGGACUGUUGAACAUGUAUAUACGUAUAGGAAGUAUCAGAAAUCAUGUGGAAGAGAUUUAUUUGCAGUGUUUUUGGUUCACCAAUAUGCUGAAAAUAAUGUCCAAGAGCACAGUCUUUUUGAAAAGGCAUUGAAAACAGAAAGAACUGUGAAUUUGUU